AUGAAGCCCUGGGCGCGCUUGAUAAUAUCUUUGGUGUUCCUUUGGUCGCUGGCGACUCUAGGACUGGGCGAGGGUCAAUCUACCGCCGUUUCAAUACCCCGACAUCGAUCUGAGAAACCUGCUUCCGCAGAAGGUUAUGCGUCCGGUGAAAAAGAUGGCUGGGAGAAGGACGGAGUCGGCAAAGAGCUUGUCGAUUCUGCAUUGCGAAAACUUCGAGCGAUCAAGAUAUCAACAUUUGCAACCGAGAAACCCUCCGGGGUGUUUGGAUAUGCCUUGCACUAUGCAAAACGCGCAUUUUACCUCUUGUUUAUGAACGGGCCAUCGCUAGACGAGCAAUCUCGGUCGACAAUUCGUACAAAUCCGGAGCUUGAAGCAGCAGUGCGUGAGUUGCAGAUUGCAGCAGAAGGUUCCCAGAAUGCGGAUGCAAUGCUCCUGCUUGCUGAUAUGAAUUUCUACGGCAACUUCUCACACCCACGCAAUUUCACAGAGGCAUUUCAUUGGUAUCAAGAAUUGGCUUCGUCAACCGGGAAUAGCUCGGCGCAAUAUAUGCUCGGAUUCAUGUACGCAACCGGCAUCGGCGACGCUGUUGAGCGUGACCAAGGCAAGGCCCUACUGUAUCACACUUUUGCUGCCGAGCAAGGGAAUUCCAGGUCGGAGAUGACCCUAGCUUUCCGCCAUCAUGUCGGCAUUGGUGCACCACGAGACUGCGAUCAAGCGGUGCAUUACUAUAAGCGAGUUGCCGACAAAGCUAUUGAUUAUAUGCGAUCCGGUCCUCCCGGCGGUCGUGUCAUGCUUCGAGAAUCAUAUCGGUGGGUGGAUGACGACGGGGGUGUAUAUGGAGAGGGCGCAAGCUUUUCAAGCUCGGGACAUAACGCUCAAAAGGAUGUUGGCCCCGGGAAUGCAGAAGCCAACUUGGAGGAUAUACUUGAAUUUCUAGACUUGCUAUCUAAAAAGGGUGAAUUAAAGGCAACAUUUACCUUGGGACGGAUGCACUAUGAAGGUGCUAGGGCGUUACCUCGCAAUUAUCGCAAAGCUAUGAAAUACUUCAAGAACAUCACGAGGCGCUACUGGACUAAAGAAGGAUCGAUUCUUGCUAGCCGUCCCGCGGGGAUCGAUAAGGUUGCAGCAAAAGCCGCUGGAUAUAUUGGUAUGAUGUACCUUCGGGGAGAAGGGGUCGAACAAAAUUAUGCGACUGCCAUGAUGUGGUUCAAACGUGGUCUGGCGAAUGGUGAUCCCCAGUGCCAAUAUGAAAUCGGGUUGGCGUACCUACAUGGCUACGGUGUCCCUCAGGACUCCUAUAAAGCCUCUGAAUAUUUUAAGGCCGCUGCUGAGCAGGAUCUCCCUGAAGCUCAGACAAGGUUCGGUGCGCUUUUUCUUGACCAGGGUGAUGUACAAACGGCCACGAAAUAUUUUCAGCUUGCUGCUCGUUGGGGUUGGAUGGAAGCCUUCUACUACCUGGCAGAGAUUUCCAACUUUGGCGUCGGCCGAGAAAGACACUGUGGAAUGGCUUCUGCAUACUAUAAGAUGGUCGCAGAGAAGGCUGAGGAAGUCCACUCUUCAUUCAUUGAAGCGAAUGAGGCAUAUGAGAGAGGUGACCGCGAGACAGCCUUAAUCGCUGCAAUGAUGGCCGCUGAACAAGGAUAUGAAAAUGCACAGGCGAAUGUUGCCUAUCUCCUAGAUGAACAACAAUCCGUCUUCUCGCUAGACAGGAUACUUCCAUGGGCGGAAAAGCCGCGUUCAUCGCUGCUGCGGAAUGCUGCGCUGGCUUUGAUUUACUGGACUCGGUCCGCGAGGCAGUCGAAUAUAGAUUCCCUGCUUAAGAUGGGAGACUAUUACUUGGGAGGCCUUGGUAUUCCAGCUGACCCUGAGAAGGCUUCCACGUGCUAUCAUACUGCGGCUGAAGGCCACCACAGUGCCCAAGCAUAUUGGAAUUUAGGUUGGAUGCAUGAGAAUGGUGUCGCGGUAGAGCAAGACUUCCACAUGGCCAAACGCUACUACGAUCUGGCCCUUGAAACAAAUCGAGAAGCCUAUUUUCCAGUGAAACUCAGCUUGAUCAAACUUCGUAUCCGUCAUUUCUGGAAUCGCAUAACAAAUGGCAAUGUGAAUCCUAUCCAGGAUGAGAAAGAAACCAAAGCACCGAGAUCUUUCAAGGAAUGGAUAAUUGCGUUCCUUGAAAAUGAUGAGGAAGAAGCCCAGCACUACGCGCAACUGCUAAGGGAGCGUGAAGAGGAAGAAGAACUACUUGGGACACACCACCACCGCCAUACGGACAACGAAGAUACAGGCUACUAUGACGAACUUGAAUUUGAUAUUGAUGAGAGCGCACUGGAGGCUCUCAUCAUUGCUGCUCUUGCGGCAACGCUGUUGAUAUUGAUAUAUAUCAGACAGCUCCGCAACCGACAGAGAGAUAAUAAUGAAAACGGCGGCAACGGUGGACAGCCAGUUGCUCCGAACCAAAAUGGAGGCGUCAAUAAUAACAAUGGCAAUGGUCGAGGGCUUUUCCCUCGUCAGGAUCAGCCAGAAUUUGCACAUCGAAGCCUCAGCUCACGUGGUUGUACGAUUGAUAAGCCGUUGGCGUGUGGUCAUGUGCCAAAGCCUCUUCCCCGACCCUCACCUCUAGUCAGACUCAUUUACUCUCCUACUGCCAUCUAUUUCGAAGCAUUCAAGAACCGGACAAGCGUUUUCACUAGCAUGCUGAAUCCCAGAGCCAAACGCCGCCGUCUAGACGAGGAAGCGUCUGCAUUGUCGCGUCCAUUCAAAUCACCAUUACGCAAAGAGCACACCACAACUCCAACAAAUCGCAAUAAAGAAGGGGAAAGAGAAGGAGAAAAUGCGCAAUACUGCACAUCAUCCAAUCCAGCUUUGAGCCGAAUCAAGCCAGUUGUCUCGAACACGGCCACCACCCCUCUUCAGAACUCCAAGACCGGCCGUCUUCAACAGACAUCCCGCCAUCCCCCGGGAUCUGAAUCUAAGUCAGAUGCCGAAAUAGCGGCUCUUAGAAGGAAACGGAUCUCUCUUCAAUCUCAACUUGCCUCUCUGCGCGCCGAGCUCGAAACUGCUCAGCAGGCUCUAAGAAUCGAGGCUAGUCCUAGAGACGAGGAGCUAAAGACUCUCAUAGAUAAAUGGCGAGGAGUAAGUCAAAAGGCUGCUGAUGAGUUGUUUGAGGCUGCAAAGGAUAAGAUUGAGAGGAUGGGAGGGGCUGGUGCUUGGAAGGAGAGUGAGAAGGAAAGAUUACGGAGGAUGCAGAUGUGGGAAGAUGAGGACUUUUAUGGUGAUGGGGGAGAUGGUUCUGAAUGCGAUGGUGCAAGCAGGGAUGCAAAAGUUCCCGCCACGCUUGCUGGGAAAAAGGGCGGGCAAAAGGAAGCUGGUGACGAAGAGGUCAGUAUUAACCUGUAUUUUGGGGCAUCUGACUGCAUACAUCCAGUAGGCUCACUGAUAGCUCAGAAGUUCACCAUGAAUAUGAUGCUCAAGAGCCUGAAUAUUGAGCCAGAGACUAUUGGCUUCGAUGAGGUGGAGGAAAGAUGGGUGAGCAGUCAUAAUUAG